AUGGCUCGAGGAACCACCAAAGCUCCCAAACAAUCACCCACAAAUAACAGCGGAAACAUCUUAUCCUUCUUCUCCAAAACACCGACUCCUCGUCGAACGUCCAGCGCGUCAAAAAAUGAACUUUUCGUCCAAGUCGAAGAUGUAAAGCCCAGUUUACAUGACAGGAAAGGGAAAGGUAGACCGAAGUCUUUAUUUGGGUCCAUAGAAGAUCCAGUGGUGAUCAGUGAUGAUGAAGAUAUAUUACCUGUUUCCUCCCCUUAUCAAAUCAGUCCAAUAAUGAAGAAAAGGAAAUUAACAGCUAUAUCUCUCGGAGCUGGACCUUCUGCGAGUAAGGAGAAAGAGAACGAAAACGAUAUACCACUCCCAUUCCCUGGUUAUCCAGGAUUCAAGACACCUGCAACAUGGCCAGAAGUGAUCAAUGUUGGUGAAUUGCUUGACGGAGAUGAAGGUGACGAUGAUGAGGGUGAAGAUGGGAUUCCACCUUCGGAUGAAGACGGCAAUAGGACACAAGAUCCUGAAGAAGGUGAUGACGCCGAAAAUGAUGAUUCAGGUAUUGACAUGGAAGUCGAUCAACAGCAAAUACAAGAGACCAUUGAACCUCAAAUUCCUCAAGGAGAUAUACCGCGAAAACAGUUUGAUCAAGGUGAUGACGAUUUCGACAUGGCUGAAGAAUGGGAAGAACCUGAAGACGAAGGUAUGGGAAUGGACGAAGAUGGUGAAGGCGAUGAUGAAGGCAGUAUAAUAUCGGAACCUAUCAACAGAUCAAGAAGUAGAAAUCAACCCAAGGGGAAAAACAUGACGGAAUGUCCCGUUUGUGGAAAAUCGCUCAAAGGUAAAGUGGAUACUGUCGCCGAACAACAUAUAAAUUCAUGUCUUGACACAUCUUCACCGAAAUCGUCAAAAAAGUCUCGUCCAGUAUCGUCGUACGCAUCAUUCUCAACAGAACAAUCACCUUCACCAGAACCUGAACCAAUCACAAAAGGUCCCAACGCUUUCUCGGUACUGAUGAGUGGACACAAAGAAAGGGAUCAAUGGAAAGAUGCCGAAGCAGAUCUGAAAAGGGAUGGAAAACGAUUUAUAGGAAGAAGGAAAGCACCGUUCUACAAAGUCAUGACUGGAAUGCCAGUAGCUGUAGACGCGUUCAGAUACGGUGCUAUACCGAAAGUUACGGCUUAUCUCCUUACACAUGCACAUUCCGAUCAUUAUACCAACUUGUCGAAGAGUUGGACUCAUGGCCCGAUAUAUUGUUCGCAAACCACAGCGAAUCUUAUAGUACAUAUGCUAGGGGUGGAACCAAAAUGGGUCCAUGGGUUGCCGGAUAACAUACCAUUUGUGAUGCCAAAUACUGGCGGAGUGACAGUGAUGCCCAUCGAAGCUAAUCAUUGUCCGGGCUCAUCUAUUUUUCUCUUUGAAGGACCUCAAACAGUCAAUGCGGGUGAUUCCGGCUUCAAAUCACCCUAUGUAGGAAGCAAGCGAAUCUUCAGAUACCUCCAUUGUGGUGAUUUUAGAGCAAAUCCUAAAAUGGUCCUCCAUCCAGAUAUAGCACGAGCACCUAUUCACACAUGCUAUCUCGAUACGACCUACCUCAAUCCCAAAUACUGCUUCCCUCCUCAACCGCAAGUCAUCAAUGCUUGCGCUUCACUUGCUCGAAAAAUCGUUGUAGGGAUCUCACCGGAUGCUCCAGAUUUCGAAGUCAUGAAGCCUAAGGUAUACAUCAAAGCUGAAGAAGGUCAAGAACUCAAAACUGAUCCUGAAGAAUUAGCCGAACGGUCAAAAGCUAUGAUGGCCGGCUGGCUCGUCAAGAAAGAGGACGAAGUCAAGGAUGAGUUGAAGGAAAUGGGUGAUCUCAAGCCUAAAGGCAGAACUUUGGUGGUUAUGGGUACUUACUCGAUAGGUAAAGAGAGGAUUGUCAAAGCUGUCGCAAAAGCUCUCGGCUCUACUAUUUAUGCCGACCCUAGGAAGAAGGGCAUUCUUCUAUGUCAGACAGACCCUGAAUUGCAUUCUAUGUUGAGUACUGACCCUAUUUCAUCUCAAGUCCAUCUUCUUCCCCUCGGCAAUAUUCAAUUAGAUCGCAUGCAACCGUAUCUCGCCCGAUUACAUCCCCAUUUCGACCGAGUAUUAGCUUUUAGACCUACAGGAUGGACGUAUUCCCCUCCUGCUGGAACAGACAUGUUACCUGAUGUGAACACCGUCAUCAAGAGGGAUCAAGCUAGAUGGUUCAGUGAGAGGGAUCUGAAGGAAAUGAGGGGUAGUUGUAGGACGUUCCAGUUGUUUGGCGUACCUUACUCUGAACACUCGAGUUUCACGGAAUUAACCUGUUUUGCACUGUCAAUGCCUGGAGCUGAUCUGAAAAUGAUUGCGACUGUCAAUGUGGGGAAUGAGAAGAGUCGAGCGAAGAUGAAGAAAUGGUUCGAGAAAUGGUCAGCGGAGAAAGCUCGCCGGAGAGAGAAAGGUCUACCUGCUAUAGUGGAAUAUCGUGAUGAGACUUUUGUGAGUGCUGUGAGAUAUUCACCAGGCGGGGAUACUGAUCUUCGGAUAUAG